UCCCGUGGAAGGGAAGGCGUGUGAUACCGUAGCGUCGUCACACAUUGACUAAACGUUACUGCUGUAUGAUUUUUUUUCAUCUUCUCCUUGGCGGAUUUCCAGCUGGAUAAAGAGCUCCCCGCCUCUCAGCCAACAUGGGUUAGACACACCGCGACCCGUGGAUUGUCCACUUUGUGCACUUGAAGCAAGGAUGGGGGGGAUCGUAGUUGUUUUCUUGCAGACGUCCUGACAAAGACGGCGACUGUGAGGAAAUUUGGGGAUUUUGCAGCCGUUUCUUCUUCUUUUUAGUUCCAUGAUUGGGUCCACAUCACGCGUGUGUGCCAGACGAGGAGAAAUGUUGGCAGAAUUGCUGUGCAGCGCCGUGGCUCUGGUCCUGUAUGUCAACACUCUGGGUGCAGAUUUCUGCUAUGAUGACAGCCGUGCAAUCAAGACCAAUCAGGACCUGCUUCCGGAAACCCCCUGGACAAAUAUCUUCUAUGAUGACUUCUGGGGCACCUUGCUCACACACAGUGGCAGCCAUAAGUCUUACCGGCCCCUGUGCACCCUCUCCUUCCGCCUCAAUCACGCUGCAGGUGGGCUGGAUCCUUGGGGUUUCCACCUGGUUAACGUGGCUCUCCACGGGGCAGUGACCGGCCUUUUUACAUGGCUGGCUCACCUGCUGCUGGGAGGCGGUUGGUGGAGCCUACUGGCUGGCCUGCUCUUCGCAUCCCACCCUAUCCACACUGAGGCGGUGGCGGGUUUGGUGGGUCGGGCUGAUGAAGGCGCCGCCUUGUUCUUCUUGCUGUCCCUGCUGUGCUACAUACGUUACUGUAAGCUGCGGGGCAACGCUGGACCACUGCGGCUUGUGGCUUGGUUCCUUGGCAGCCUGGGCUGUGCUGCUUGCAGCAUGCUCUGGAAAGAGCUGGGGGUGACGGUGCUGGCCAUAUCGGCGCUGUACGACGUCUGCGUGUUGCACAGAUUCAAACUGCGACAGGUCGUCACGCUUCUUUACAAGAGAAAUAAUGCCCAGCUGCUGCUAAAUGUAUUUCUGCUGGCAGCCUGGGGAGCGGCCCUGCUGGCCUGCCGCUUCUACUGGAUGGGCAACAAACCCCCAAACUUCUCCAACUCCGACAACCCAGCCGCGGACUCCCCAUCUCUCAUCACAAGGACGCUAACCUUUUUGUACCUGCCUGCCAUGAACUUCUGGCUCCUCCUCUGUCCGAACACGCUCAGCUUUGAUUGGUCCAUGGACACCCUGCCUCUGAUUAAGAGCCUUGCCGACUGGCGAAAUGUUCAUACGCUCGUUUUCUAUUUGGGAUUGGUGUUGCUGGCUUGGUUCAGUGUGUGGAAGCAGCCGAAAGCCUCGGGGAAGGAUAGCAAUGGUAAAGCUCAUGUGUUUACCAAUGGAAGGAAUGGGAACAGCAAUGGACACGCUUACCAGGAUCACGAGCAAGAACAUGUGAGCGAUUCCUGCACUACUGUUCACAAUAACAGUGCACAGAAUGGUACCAAAAAGCUCCAUGAGGGCAGGACUUCGCUGCCCAUCACUGAAAAUGUUGUGGUGUUCUCCCUUGGCCUUUUAGCUAUCCCUUUCCUCCCUGCCACCAACCUCUUUUUCUACGUUGGCUUUGUCAUAGCAGAAAGAGUACUCUACAUCCCCAGCAUGGGAUUUUGCCUGCUGGUUGCUGUGGGGUUGCGGUCUCUCUACGUCCGACUGCGACAUAAAUCCUCCAGGACAUUGUUGGUUUAUUGCAGCGCAGCUCUGAUUCUGCUUUUUGGUGUUAAGACUGUUUUGAGGAACAGAGAUUGGGAGAAUGAGGAGAUGCUCUACAAGUCAGGGAUUUCUGUCAAUCCUGCUAAAGCAUGGGGCAACCUGGGAAACAUCCUGAAGAACCAGGGCAAGCUGGAGGAGGCGGAACAAGCUUACAGAAAUGCGCUCCAUUACCGCAGUAAUAUGGCGGACAUGCUGUAUAACCUUGGUUUGCUGCUUCAGGAGAGCAACAAGUUCUCAGAGGCACUUCACUACUAUAAGCUGGCCAUUGGGAGCCGGCCAACUCUAGCCUCGGCCUACUUGAACACAGGCAUCAUCCUGAUGAAUCAGGGUCACCUGGAGGAGUCCAAGCGCACCUUCCUGACCUGUGCUGACAUCCCAGAUGAGAACCUGAAGGACCCCCAUGCCCACAAGAGCUCGGUCACCAGCUGCCUGUACAACCUGGGAAAGCAGCUUCAUGAGCAGGGACACCAAGAGGAGGCCCUGUCUGUCUUUAAAGAAGCAAUACAGAAAAUGCCAAGGCAAUUUGCACCGCAGAGCCUGUAUAACAUGAUGGGAGAGGCGUAUAUGAGACUAAACAAACUGACUGAAGCUGAACACUGGUACCGAGAGUCCCUGCGAGUCAAGCCGGACCACAUUCCUGCACACCUCACCUAUGGAAAACUCCUGGCUAUGACAGGGCAGAAAUCAGAAGCAGAGAGGUACUUCUUGAAGGCCAUCCAACUGGAUCCCACAAAGGGCAACUGUUACAUGCAUUAUGGUCAGUUUUUGUUGGAAGAGUCCCGUUUGCUGGAAGCGGCAGAGAUGGCACAGAAAGCUGCACGGCUCGACAGCGGAGAGUUUGAUGUGGUCUUCAGUGCAGCUCACAUGCUCAGACAAGCCAGCCUGAAUGAGGCAGCUGAGAAGUAUUAUGGGCAAGCAGCAAGCCUGAGACCCAACUAUCCAGCAGCCUUGAUGAACUUGGGUGCCAUCCUUCACCUCAAUGGAAAACUUCAAGAAGCCGAAGCCAAUUACCUCAGAGCUUUGCGCCUCAAACCCGAUGACACCAUCACCCAGUCCAACUUACGUAAGCUGUGGAACAUCAUGCAGAAACAAGGCCUGAGGACCAUGAGCCCCUGAGCUCCCGUUGCCAAACGUGCAUGAAGAAAAAGUCCUCUUUAGCCUCGUUGGCUCAUCUGAUUGACACGGAAGACACUCAGGAGGAGGAGGAUCGCUACGGUGCCUCAGCGCGCUCCUGAUGACUCCUCCAUGCAACUCAGCUUUUCACAGUGUUGCCGUACGUUUGACAGACAUUUUUACCUUAAAAAAAAAAAAUAAAAAAAAAUGUAGCUCCUUUUUUUUUACAACUAGAGCACUUGAAAUUAAGAUGGGGACGUUUUUCCAUCCUGCAACAUGAGGGAUGAACUUUAGAGGAGGGAAGGUAUUUCCUGUCACAUUUUAACGAGUACAUCUGUCAUCACACAAGACAAUAAGCUAUUAUCAAAAUGGAAGUGAUGAAUAAUAAUUGAGACAAAGUCCAAAACAAAUGAGGAAUAUGAUAGCGAUAUUUGAUGACGACUUGAAAAGGGAAUUAAUUUAUUUGCCGUUACAGCACAACAGAAGCCUCGCAAGGUUAAAGAAAGUAUAUUUCUUGCUGAUUACUGUUUCCAGUUUUGGCAUGUAGACAAGAAAAGGAACGAGGACCUAUGUGAUAUUUAUUAUGCCUUAUGAUAACACGUUUGAGACUUAUUUUUAGCCAGGACAUUCAUUGUGGCCACGGGUUUAAAGGAAGUGUCCAUGGAUAGUGUCCAUACUAUACCUCAGGGGUGUCCAAAGCGCGGCCUGGGGCGCGUUCUAAAAGUAUAAUUGAAGAAGAAAACUAAAAACAGCAAAAGGGAAAAAAAUCAGCGCUAAUUUUACAAGAAUUAAGUCUUGUAAAAGUUGUCAUCUAAUGUAAAAAAGCAGUAAUUUUAAAACAAUGUAAUAUUAUGAUGAAAAAUAAUGUAAUUUUAUUAGCAUAAUGUUGAAAUAUUAAAGAAAGAUUUCUUUUUUUAACUCAUAAUAUUAUGGAAAACACACUAAACAAUGAAUAAGUUGGUAUUUCUGGAAUUAGUUUGCGGAAAAUGUUGCAAUGUUACGAGAAUAAAGUCAAAAUAUUAUGGGAAUAAAGUCGUAAUGACCAGAAGAAAAUUUAAAAGAAGAAAGAUGAAGUAGUAAAAAAUAGCAGAAAUAAAAUGAAAAAAAAAACAGCUGUAAUUUUAUGAGAAUAAAGUCAAAAUAUUAAGAGAAGAAAGUCGUACUCUAACGAGAAAAAGUGACAAUUUUACGAGAACAAACGUGAAAAAUAAUGUCCUUCUAAUAGCAUUUCAUGUUUUUUUUUGUAAUAUUAUGAGAAACAAACAUUUUUUGGAAAAUUAGGUUGGGGGAAUAAGUUACAGUAUUAUGGGAAUAAAGUCAAAAUAUUAUGGGAAUAAAGUAAUUAUUUUACGAGAAGAAAAUUGCCAAAAAUUAUUUAAGAUGAAAGCUGAAAUAUUUGGAAAUAUAAAAAAUAUUUUUAAAAAUAUAUUAUUUAAAAAUCAUGUUUUUUCACCCAUAUAACAAAUCUGAAAUGCCGUUUUUUCUUGAAAUAUGCAUAACUUCCUUGCAUAUCGACAGUACAUAUGCUGCUGUACAAAAUAUCAAAGUGGCCCUUGCAUCCUUUUAUUUUCACUAUGUGGCCAUCGGUGGAAAAGGUUUGGACACCUCUGCUAUACAUGGAAACAGUACCUUCCCAUGGAAGUUGCAAACAGCUCAAGGGCAGUUCUGCUAGUUUAUUUAUUUCCAUAUAAUAUACAGCACAUGUUGAUUGGACAUGAAGGAACUUUCUUGCCAAAUAAAAAAGCUAUCGAUAGCCAUGCUCACUUUUUUAACACCUACAAGGACUUAGGGGAAUGUUUGACUCCCUUUCUUUGUGUUGGACUCAACUAAUUUGAUGUGUUUGUAUGAAUUGAAUCGUAAUAUAUACCCACAUUUUGUAAAACCACACAGAAGAUAAGCAGCUGGACAAAGAGCGAGAGCUUUGUUGGUUUGCUUCAUUUUUUUUUUUUAUUCAUAUUGUCAAAUGUUGGCUCUCAGUAUUAAUGUUUCAUGUUGUAUAUUUUGUGUAAUUAACACCUGUCUGUUGUCCGUCUAAAUUAAGUGAAAGAGCACCUUCUCAGAGGGAAGAAAAUGUACAGAAGUAAGGGUGAUGUUUACGAGUUGCUCAUCAUAAAAACUUCCUUUGACGUUUAUGGCGUUUUCCUGCUGCACGGUACCGGCUCGGCUUGGACAUGAAAAUAGUACCGCAGAAAGCCACAUUGAAUGCAUCGGUGGACAUGAGGCACAAAAAUGGAUCUUGACCACUAGUAUGGAGAUGCAUUUUAUUCGGGGGGAGACUGAGGGCAAAUUGGAGACUGUGGAUUAUGCAGCAGAUCUCCUGGUGGUCCCGGAAAACUCCACCAUGAUAAGUGAAUUCCCGCAAAGUAGGAUUCCUAAUUAAUAAAUGGAAUAUGUUUGUAGUUAGAGCAUAGAAAACCUGCUUAUGACCUUGAAAUACAGUUUGGAACAUUAUUAGAGCCCUGUAGACCUGAAAUAACACCCCUAUAGUCACGUUUACACUCAUAUUACCCAAUAUAAUAGACAUAAUUAAAAAGAAAAAAUAAGACAAGAAAAAAUAUCGAUUCACACGUUAGCAUUGGGAGUCAAAUUAUCACGGAGUAUCUCUUGCAGUGGCUAUGGUCUCAUCAGUGUAAUAUUACUGACACCUAGUGACCAGUGUAGAAUACUACAUACCAUAGUGGCGUCUUUGAAUGCGUCUUCUGAGUGCAGUAUAUUUGUAUUUUAGUUCAUUUAGCCCUUUUUAUGCUUGAAAAUGCUUGAAAAUUUGCCUAAAUAUACAUAUUUUUGACAAAUUUUUGCCCGAGCCAACCACAAGACAGCUUAUUUAAUAAUAUAUUUUGAAUAAGAGACCAGACGACUAUAAAUUGUGUGGCUCCUCGCCGCUAACAAAUGAUGGAUUUUUGUAAAUCCACGUCUUACCUCGCCUCACCUCACUACAAGUUUUGGAUGCGAGAGCAGCUUGAUGGCGCUUCGGCAGGACCCCCAGGCAAACCCGGUUUCCUCCAGUCCGACGAAUCCAACCACUUUUCAGGCUAGCCGCCUUAGUCCCCCGACUGCCACGAACACACGGGCGAGUGUCGAGCGUUUUGGCUACAGUAGCCGCCGCUCGACCGAUGAUCACGUUGCACCCAACUAAAGGUUUUUAACACGCCACCCCAGAGAGAUAUCAUACGUGGCAUGUUUUGCAGGGUGCAAACAGCACAGAUGUUGGCUUUGUGAAGGGAAAGUGGCUGGAUGCUGCAUUGGGGGCGGAGGUGAUCAGCAUAUGUUGAUACCGUGCGUUUUCACGGAAAUGGGACGAUACUGAUCGGUGGCCGAUCAAUCGGAGCACCCCUAAGAAAGACAUAAACGUCAAAACUCUGGGCUUUUUAGCAGAUAAAAAAUAAAUAAAUACAUUUCAGACCAAAAACCAAAUUUGCGGGGCCUUGAAUGCUAAACAGCAACUCUGCUGGGAUCCACUGUAAGACUGCAGCGUCCAGAGCACAGCAACAGUGUAAGCUAACGGAAACAAGACAUGCACAUCACUCUUGCUACUUGCUACGGUGCCAAAAAAAUAGUACCUGGUAGCACAGGUGUGGACUCGAGUCGCAAUUUUGAUGAUGUUGGACUUGACUUGACAAUAUCAUCAAAGACAUGCAACCCGACUUGGACUUUGGCAUCAAUGACUCAGGACUUGGCUCAGACUUUAGUCUGAUGACUUGAGAAUACUUCAGAUUUUUGUUGAGUAAAAUGUGCCAAGUGUUCAACUCACAUGAUCGUUAUGUUCUUUCCAGCUCGUCAACAUAUUUUCCCUCUGAAUCUGCGUCCAAUCAGGUUUAAGAACAAAAAGUGAAAGCAUGAAUUGCAUCAAUCCUGAAUGCUACGUCAGCACUCUUUUUCUAUGACUAAAUCUUGUCACACUGCUCUCAUUUUCCAUCCAUUUCUAUGCCGCUUAUCCUAAUUAGGUCACGGGGGUAUGCUGGAGCCUAUCCCAGCUGGCUUUGGACGAGAGGCGGGGUACACCCUGGACUGGUGGCCAGCCAAUGGCAGGGCACAUAUAGACAAACAACCAUUCACACUCACAUUCAUACCUAUGGACAAUUUAGAGUCUCCAAUGAAGCUGACAUGCAUGUUUUUGGAAUGUGGGAGGAAACCGGAGUAUCCGGAGAAAACCCACGCACACACGGGGAGAACAUGCAAACGCCAUACAGAGAUGCCCAAACGGAGAUUAGCCAACAUGCUAACCACUUGGCCACCGUGCGGCCUAUUUGUCAAAUUUAUUUUAAUCUAAUUGUUAAAAUGGCAUUUUAUUUGCGAGGGACGAAAUACUGCUUAUGAUUUGUAGGGGCUCAAAAAUGUCAAGCCUAUGACUACAGACCUGACUGGACUUGACUUGGACUUGCACAUCAAACACUGACUUGCUCCCACCUCUGCCCGGUGGUGCCGAUGGGAUAGCGAGUGAAAGCCGAGCAGUGGUGCCGUGCAGUGCGGAAAGGGGCAUCAUGUAAUACGUUGUAAGUUAUUGUGUUGUGUUACCAUAGCAACGGAACCAGCUGGCACUGUGUUUUACAUGUGAAAUGGAAGGUUUACGUUCAUUUUCAUCGCCGGAUGAAGUCUUUAAAUUCCUUGAAAUGUGUGCUGGCGUUUUGAAUGCAUCUUAAGAGUGAGCGAAUGAGUCAGUUUGUUGUUUUGCUGUUUUUGUUUUUCCACCACUUGGCACACUUUGUAGUCACGAGGCGUUUAUUUGUUAUGUGCAGUUUUCUUUCUUUCUGCAAACAUUGCUUGAGUCAAGCGUUCCACUCUGUGUCUCUGCUCAGGGAUCUCAAGCGGUGCAUUCUUGUAGACACAAUUCUUCACAGAGCUAAAUUAUAGAUUUAUUUUUGAAAGCUGUUGUAUUUGUAUAUAUUAUUGAGAUUUGUAACAUUGUCUCCUUUUUGUAAAGAAAAUCUUUUUUCCGUCGUUUUGUCCCCUGGUGUUGCUUUUCUCACCCUAAUAAAUUUACGGUGUGCAUUUG